GUAAUAUAUACUUUCACUAAACAGGGCCGUUUAGAAAGUUUCAUUAGACCAGCUGUGCACAGUUGCACACCAAACCAAACUCAUCCUUUAGUUAGUCCCUUGCACUAGUGUGACCUUUGUUAAACCACAACACAACACUCUUUCUUCUUUCUUUCUUUCUUUCUCUUCUGCAACUUUUUAUUUUCUCUCUCGCCAUUACUCUCUCUGACACCUGUGGUGCCUUCGUUUUCUGUGUUCAAAGUGAUGAAAGAGGUGACGGUUGAAGCUGAUGGAGGGCAGGGAGGAGCACAGGGUGUGCAAGAGGGUGGUAAGGGCACGGUGAGGCCAGACAUACACAACAGGGCCAUGAAAAUUUUGAGGGCAAGAGAGCCUUACAAUGGGUACGAGGAAGUGGGGGAGAAGCCCUCAGGUUUUGAAGUUAUGGGAUGGUACCUUUACGAGUUUUGCUUCUACUUUGUUCAAACUGUGCUUGUUCCUGUUGUGUUUCCUCUCAUAAUCAGUCAGCUACAGCGUCUCCCCACAGAUUCGCUUCAGGAAUGGGCCAAAAACCACCCAGCCAAGCACUGCUCACAAAAGGAAAUUCAUCUGUAUAGCAAACUCACAAAUCACACCAUAAGAACAGGUGGUGGAUCAAAUUUCUCCGCUUUGGAGUGGACAUCGAUUGCUUGGGCCACUGGUCUAGCUUUGGCUGCUCCAAUUCUGGGGUUCAUUUCCUUCCAUCUUGAUGGCCAUUUCCCAAAACUCAUCACAGCAGCAGCCACAGGAAUCGGAGUUUUCUUCUGCCUCCCUGCAGGCUUCUUCAAAGUCACAGCCAUCUUCGUUCCCUACAUUGCUGGCAUUGUUGCGGCCAGCACAGUUGCAACUGCUGCUCACACCCACCAUCUCGGCCUCAUGAUCCGUUGUUUCACAGGACCGACCCUCAAGAGAAGCCAAUUCUCCCUCAGACAAGCAGUCUCCAGCAGACUCUCACUCCAUGCCACAGCGGCCGGAUGCCUUGGAGCCGCCAUAAUCUCCUCCUUCACAUACCAUAUGCUCCGGGAACUCAAUGACAACGACCGUGAUGUGAUGAGUCUUUGGGUUGUUUCAAUAUUCAGUGGUCUAAUAUGGCUUGUGGGGGUAUUACACAUUGUCACAUCCAUCAGCAGAACCACCGAUUCCAUCUCUUUCUCCUCAAGGCUCCACCCUUUUUCCAUCUUCAAGUACCCUCAUGCAAUCGGAGGCCUUGCAGGGGUUUUCCUCUCCUCGUUCACCACCAUGUCGAUUUUCACUGGGGGAGUGAUCUUCAUAGUGGGACAACUCUGCAUUAAGCCAGUGCACUUACUCUAUUUCUGGCUAACUUACUUCCUUUUCCCACUUGUUUCUUUGUCAGUACUACAACCCUUGCUGCACGUGAUCAAAAUGAAUUCUGUGAAAAUGCAAAUAGUGGGGUUCCUUCUGUCUCUCUUGUCAUCUGGAUUUGGAUUCUACUACGGACACAGCCACUGGAAAUGGGGUCACUUGGUGUUAUUUGGUGCAAUUCAGAGCACAGCAACAGGGAUUCUGUAUGCUUUUGGGAGGCUCUUGGUGUUGGACUGUGCUCCCUCUGGGAAAGAAGGUGCAUUCUCGAUCUGGUAUGCUUGGAUGAGAGCUGCAGGGUUGUGCGUGGGGUUCACGGUGGGGUCGGUGGCGCCCGGGCGAAUUAGGACUUCAUUCGGAGCUGCGUUCUGCACUGCCAUUGCUGGAAUUGUGGUGCUGCUAUUCGGGAACAUCAGUGAUGUUGGAGGUGCUGUUGCUGCGGGGCAUGUGAGAGAAGAAUGUGAGAGAAGUUCUUCGAGUGCGGCUGGCUUGGAUUCUAAAGAAUCUGCACGAGUUUGAAUAAGGAAAAGUGAUGAAGAAUAUUGUUGUCUUUGUGAUUCUUUGCAAAUGAUGUUAGUGCAUGGAAGAGUAUAAGGUUUUUAUUUUAUGAUUGAUUUUAGAUGUAUUCUGGUAGUUAAUUGCUGUUGUUGUGCAUGCAUGAUGUUUGGUCGCUGUUGAGGAUUUGGGUGCUCAUGGCAUGUGUAACUGUGUUAUAGUAUUUUCUCAUAUUUCUCUCUCUU